CCACUCGUGAGGGAGCGGUGGCCACAGGCCGCCUGUCUCUGGAGCGGGCUUCGCGGUGCUCGUGCCCCUGGGGCCACAGGCCGCGGCGGACGCGCUGGGAGGUGUCGGCGGGCAGCCCGCCCCUCGGCGCUCCCCCUGGGCGGCCGCGCGGGAUGGUGCGUCCCGCAGGGCGCGCUCGGCUCCCGCGCUUGGGCCUCUCUGCGCGGGCGGGGGCGCCGAGGGCCGGGAGCGGGCCCGACUCGCAGCACCGGGCCGGGGCCGCGCGGGCUGCGCCGUUGGGGACCGGGCCCCGCGGGCCGGGGCGGGGGCCGCCGCGGAGCCUUCCGGCCGCUGCGACCAUGUCGGACCAGGCGCCCAAAGUUCCCGAAGAGAUGUUCAGGGAGGUCAAGUACUACGCGGUAGGCGACAUCGACCCGCAGGUUAUUCAGCUUCUGAAAGCUGGGAAAGCUAAGGAAGUGUCCUACAAUGCCCUGGCCUCGCACAUCAUUUCAGAAGACGGGGACAACCCGGAGGUCGGAGAGGCUCGAGAGGUCUUUGAUUUACCUGUCGUCAAGCCUUCCUGGGUGAUUCUGUCCGUCCAGUGUGGAGUUCUUCUGCCAGUCAAUGGCUUUUCUCCAGAAUCGUGCCAGAUAUUUUUUGGAAUCACUGCCUGCCUCUCUCAGGUGUCCUCUGAAGACAGAAGUGCCCUGUGGGCCCUGCUCACCUUCUACGGGGGCGACUGCCAGCUCAGCCUCAACAAGAAGUGCACGCACCUGGUCGUCCCGGAGCCCAAGGGGGAGAAAUAUGAAUGUGCUUUAAAGAGAGCGAGUAUUAAAAUCGUGACCCCUGACUGGGUCCUGGAUUGCAUAUCUGAGAAAACCAGGAAAGACGAAGCCUUUUAUCACCCUCGCCUGAUUAUUUAUGAAGAGGAGGACGAGGAGGAGGAGGAGGAAGAGGAGGAGGAGGAGGUGGAAAACGAGGAACCAGAGUCCCCAAAUGAGGGGAGUACAGAUGAAAAGUCGAGCCCCGCCAGCUCUCGGGAAGGCUCCCCUGCAGGUGACCAGCAGUUCUCACCCAAGUCCAACACCGAGAAAGCUAAAGGGGAACUGAUGUUUGACGAUUCUUCAGAUUCGUCCCCUGAAAAGCAAGAGAGGAACCUGAACUGGACCCCAGCCGAGGUCCCCCAGGUGGCGGCAGCCAAACGCAGGCUGGCCCCGGGGAAGGCGCCCGGCCUCAUUAACCUGUGUGCCAACGUGCCACCGGUGCCUGGGAGCACCCUGCCGCCCGCUGGCCGCGGCACCCUCAUGGCGGCGGGACCGCACCUCCAGAGCUCGGAGCGGCCUGAGGUGAUAGCGCCCUGGAGUCCGGCUGUGCGGACCUUGCGAAAUAUCACCAACAGUGCUGACAUUCAGCAGAUCAACCGGCCGUCAAAUGUCGCACACAUCUUACAGUCCCUUUCAGCACCUACAAAAAGUUUAGAGCAGCAGGUGAAUCACAGCCAACAGGGCCACGCGAACGCCAGCACAGUGCUGUUCAGCCAGGUGAAAGUGACUCCCGAGCCACACCUGUCACAGCAGCCACAGCCGCCUGUCCUGCAUCUGCCGCCCCAGCAGCUCCUGCAGCUCCAGCAGCCCCAGCCGCAGCUAUCCCAGCAGCCCUACCCCCAGCAGCAGUCUCACCCGUUCCCGCAGCAGCAGCAGCAAGUCCAUCAGCACGCGUUCCCUCAGCAGCCGCUGCAGUUCCCGCAGCAGCCACUGCACCGCCCUCAGCAGCAGGCGCAGCCACUGCAGCAGCAGCAGCAGCAGCAUGUCCUGCAGCAGCAAUUGCACCAGCUGCAGCAGCAGCAGCUGGCACAGUUACAGCAGCAGCAGCACAACCUCCUGCAGCAGCAGCAGCAGCUACAGCGCCUGCACCAGCAGCAGCAGCAGCAGCAGCAGCAGAUGCAGACGCAGGCUGCACAGCACCAGGCCCCGCCCCCGCAGCACCAGGCCCCGCCUCUGCAGCACCAGGCCCCGCCCCCACAGCACCACCAGCCGCCUCAGCAGCACCAUCAGCAGCACCAGCUUUUUGGACACGACCCAUCAGUGGAGAUUCCAGAAGAAGCCUUCUUACUGGGAUGUGUGUUUGCUAUUGCGGAUUACCCAGAGCAGAUGUCUGAUAAACAGCUGCUGGCCACCUGGAAAAGGAUAAUCCAGGCCCAUGGUGGCGCAGUGGACCCCACGCUCUCGAGCCGGUGCACACACCUGCUGUGUGAGAGCCAAGUCAGCGGAAUGUGCGCACAGGCGAUAAGGGAGAGGAAGAGGUGUGUCACCGCGCACUGGCUCAGCUCGAUCCUGAAGACGAAGAAGGUGGUGCCCCCGCACCGGGCCCUGCACUUCCCCGUGGCCUUCCCGCCAGGCGGAAAGCCAUGUUCUCAGCACAUUAUUUCCGUGACUGGAUUUGUCGACAGUGACCGAGAUGACCUGAAGUUGAUGGCGUGCCUGGCAGGUGCCAAAUACACUGGCUACCUGUGCCGAAGUAACACGGUUCUCAUCUGUAAAGAACCGACCGGUUUGAAGUACGAGAAGGCCCGAGAGUGGAGGAUCCCGUGCGUGAACGCCCAGUGGCUGGGCGACAUUCUCCUCGGGGACUUCGAGGCCCUGCGGGAGAUGCAGUGCCGUCGCUACUCGGUGUUCGGGCUGCCCGACCCGUUUGCGCCCGCGCAGCACCUGGUCCUGAACCUCCUCGAUGCUUGGAGAGUGCCACUGAAAGUGUCGGCAGAGCUGUUGAUGGCUGUAAGACCAACCCCCAAACUGAAGCAGAAUGAAGCAGCGAAUGUCCAGCCGUCUUCCAAAAGAGCCAGAAUUGAAGAUAUACCACCUCCCACUAAGAAGUUGGCACCGGAACUGACCCCUUCUGUGCUUUUCACUGGCUUCGAGCCUGUCCAAGUUCAGCAGUAUGUCAAGAAGCUCUACGUUCUUGGAGGAGAGAUGGCCGAGUCGGCGCAGAAAUGCACACACCUCAUCGCCAGCAAGGUGACACGUACGGUGAAGUUCCUGACGGCCAUCUCGGUGGUGAAGCACAUUGUGACUCCGGAGUGGCUGGAGGAGUGUUUCAAAUGUCAGAAGUUUAUUGAUGAGCAGAACUACCUUCUCCGAGACGCAGAGGCCGAGGUGCUUUUCUCUUUCAGUUUGGAGGAGUCCUUGAAAAGGGCACACGUCUCUCCACUCUUUAAGGCAAAAUAUUUUUACAUCACCCCUGGAAUUUGCCCCAGUCUCUCGACUAUGAAAGCGAUUGUGGAGUGUGCAGGUGGAAAGGUAUUAUCUAAGCAGCCGUCCUUCCGGAAACUCAUGGAGCAUAAGCAGAAUAAGAGUCUGUCAGAAAUAAUUUUGAUCUCCUGUGAGAAUGACCUCCACUUAUGCCGCGAGUACUUUGCCCGAGGAAUAGAUGUUCAUAAUGCAGAGUUUGUUCUCACCGGGGUGCUUACACAGACACUGGACUACGAGUCAUAUAAGUUUAACUGAUGUGUCCAUCUGUCCUGCGCCUGAAGUCCAGGAGUGCGGUCGGCCGUGGCUGUGACCGUCACCGUGGUGGCUGGCACUCCCUCCCCACACCCUUGUUUUCCAGCUGCUUUCUUAGGGGACAAGCAUUUUAAAGCAGGAGAACAGAUAUAAUUAAAUAUACUGCAUCUUUUUAAGAUGUGUGAUUUUAUUCUGAGGAACAUAAAUUAUGUUUUGUAUAAUAUGACUUGGAGAGCCCACAUUAGGUUUUGAUUCCUUUGCCAGGUUUUUAAAUGUUUUCACACGCUGUUAAUGGAACUUUAGCUACAAAUUAAAUGGUGUAAAUAAAGACUUGCUAUCUCUAAAUUAUGGAUUUAAAGAUUUGAAAUGUUUUGUACUUUAUUUUUAUUUCUUAUACUCUUUUCUUUUAUAUUGAUAUCCUGCCCCACAUUUUAAAUAAAUGUACU